AUGUCGAAAAACAUCCUCGUCAUCGGCGCCGGCGAACUAGGCACGCAGGUCCUCCUCGCCCUAGCCAAACACCCCAAUCUCCCUCUUGAGACACACAUCUCCGUCCUCCUCCGUCCAUCCAGCAUAUCAACCCCAAGUCCCCAAAAAGCAUCAGAGCUCGAAAUCCUCCGCCAAAACAACAUCACCCUAGUCCCCGGCGACAUAACAGCCUCAACGCAAUCAACCCUAGCAUCCCUCUUCAGCGCCUACGACACCAUAAUCUCCUGCACCGGCUUCUCCGCCGGCCGGGGCACACAGAUCAAACUCGCAAAGGCCGUUCUCGACACUAAAAUCCCCCGGUACAUCCCGUGGCAAUUUGGGGUCGACUACGAUGUUAUCGGGCGCGGGUCAGCGCAGGAUCUGUUUGAUGAGCAGCUUGAUGUGCGGGAUUUGCUUCGGGCGCAAGACACAACAAAAUGGGUGAUUGUUUCGACGGGGAUGUUUACUUCGUUCUUGUUUGAGCCGAGUUUUGGUGUUGUGGAUUUGUCGCAGAAUGUUGUGACGGCGUUGGGGGGCUGGGACAAUCGCGUUACGGUUACGGGGCCCGUGGAUAUUGGGAGGGUUACGGCGGAGUUGGUGCUGAGGGAUGAGUUUGUUGAUCGGGCUGUCUAUGUCGCUGGGGAUACGGUCUCGUAUGAACAAGUGGCGGAGAUCGUGGAACGAGUGACGGGGAAGACAGUUGAGAGGAAGGUUAGGACGGUGAUGGACGCGAGGAACGAUCUCGCAAGGGAGCCUGAGAACGGACUGUUCAAGUACCAGGUUGUCUUCGGCGAGGGCAGGGGCGUAGCAUGGGAUGUAAAGGAGACGUGGAAUCAUCAGCGUGGGAUGCAUCUCCAGACGGCGGAGGAGUGGGCGAGGGGAAAUCUACUGUAG